CCUAAUUCUGGGUCUUGGUUAGGCCUCUUUCUGGUGAUGGCUUGGAUGGAGACGAGAUGGAUGGGAGUGCGUCGUUGGGAUGGAUAUAAAUAUGGCCUGGUCCUCGCUGUAGAAUUGACUUUAUCAUCAGCAUCACAAGCACACUUUCCAAGCAUCUUUCCACACUCCAAACCAUUCAAACAAUCUUCCAUACACUUCAAUAGACUCUGCUUUCUUUCCCACUGCAUUCAAACAGCCUUCACUAUGUUGUUCCGCGCCCCCGUCCUUUGCAUGGCUGCUAGCCUGCUCAGUGCUCCUCUCGCCGCUGCUCUGCCCACCACCGAGCGAUCGACCUUGACUGCUCGCGAUGACACUCAGUGCGACGUCAACACGAACUUCUACGUCUGCCACAUCAACAACUUCCGCGGCUGCUGCUCCGUCGACCCCUGCGCUCUGAAGGACGGCUGCCCCGACAACAAGGACGACAGCUCCGAUGACGACAACUCCAAGAGCGGCUCCGACGAUGACAACGACGACGACUCCUCCGACGAUGAGACCGAAGAGCCCGCGUCCUGUCCCUCCUCCGGCAAAACAACCAAGCUCUUCCAGCCUCACAUGGAAACCCUCUUCGUCAAGCCCGCCGGCGCCUCCAUCUCCACUCCCAACCUGAACAUCAGCAAGUCGAACACCAGCGAAUGGCAGCAGACGAUCUCCUGGAAGCUCCCCUCCGCGGCCAAAGACUGCAAGCUUGGCUGGGACAUCCCUGAGGAGCGCAACUUCAAGUCUGGCAACAACUCGCGGGUGGCUGUCUACGACGGCGACACGAAGAUCACUUCUGCGGACUUCGCCUUCUGGCCCGAUACCCCCGGUGCUCGGUCCAGCCCUGUCGGAGGGGUCGACUGCAAGGAGGACCUUGAGUUCCGUCUGGAGUUGGUUUACAACGGUGAAUAUGUCUUCCUGGAGCAGAAUGAGGAGACGGGUUGGUGGGUUGAGUUCAGCUGCUAAGCGGCUCGUCUUUCGGUUUUGAGUUAUGAGGGUUAUGAUCCUAAUGGUAAUUUGAUAAUUAUUGUAGUUUCUGUGGUGCCACGAUGCAUUAGGUGGUGCAGAGGGGCUACAGAUAUGUGGAGGAUACAACGAUUUAAAUGAUCUAAAUAGUUAUAAUUAGAUAGAGA